GCUGUGCUCCCAGGGCUCAGUGGCUUGAGAGGUGUGGGCAAAUCAGAAGAUGGAGACUGCUCUCUUCCAGCUGACAGGCGAUAGUGAGUCAUGGAUGAGCCCCAGCUCCAAUUUCAUAUCCAUGGACAUGAUCUUCAGUGUCAUCUGUGGAGUGUGGCUCUUCCUCCUACUAAUCCCCUUCCUGAAGACAUACCCCACAUCACCACCACCUGGGAGUGGAGAGGACACCCCGAAGGUGACGAGGAGGGGACGGAGCAGGACCAGGAAGAAAAUUGCUUCUGCAAAAGGCUGUAGAGAUGGCAGAGAGAAUGCGGAAGAUACCCAGAAUGCAUCACAACCUGUGAAAAUCCCCAGCAAGCAUACUUUACUGGACUCUACACCACAUGCCUUUUGGAACCCUAAUGAGAAACCAGAUCAGCUUCCCCUCUCUCAGCUGCUGUCUUCUCUCAAGUUCUUGGAGGAUCUUAUGCAGCAGAAAUUUAGCCGGAUUUUCGGGGGCAUGUCCUCCUCCAUGCUCUCUGAGUCAGUGGUGGCUUCUGCCUGGGUCUCCAAGAGGCCUUCAUUUGAAGGACCUAAAACUUCAUCCUUCUCUAAUACAUAUGGCCCUUUCCCAGCUCUACCCAUGGCUCAAGGACCUUCACAGAUGUCUCAGGCCCAGCCAUUGCCCCACCAACUUGUGACACCAAGCUUGGCAGAUGUGACAGAGCCUCAGACACUGGACAACCUCCCAAGAUCUACACCAAGCCAAGCACUUUCUUUGUCCAAAGGUAGAGCCCAUGUAAAAGCAGGGUCUACCAGUGAGACAAGGAUGCAGGUGUCUCUCCGGACUAAAAACCAGCCCUGGCAGCAGGAUCUGGAGAGGAAAGACACCAUAGGUUCUAAUGUCCAAACACGUCAAGAAGACAUUAGCCAGCCCUCUCACAACUUCCCCGGGGACACCCUGCUCACUGAAGCUAUCAGCUCAGCCUCCGUCCUUUCUGAGCGUCGUCAGGUCCUCCAGCACCAUGAGGAGUCACAAAGCAAAUGCAGGGGGACUAAGGUGAGAGAACAACCAGGUUCCCCAUCCAGGCUCCUCCCAGCCCAGGAGCUGACCCAGAUGCAGGGACAUUCCCCAGCAAACGGUCCUUUCCAGCCCAAGGACAAGCCUGACCUCUCCCAGUGUGCCCAGCCCUCCAUCUUUGAUUCCUCCAGGAUGCCCUUAAAGAAGGGCCCAGAAAAACAUAACAUACACACCCCCACCAAGGAGGGCCCCAGUUUUAGAGCCAAAAACUUGACUUGCACUUCAAGCAGCAGCCCUGGGAAGGGCCUGGAACCCAGAAACCCUGCACUGAGGACAGAUCAGCGGUCCUAUGUGAACACCACCCAUGACCUUUCCUUCCUUGACCCUAAAAUCCAAAGGAAGCUGGAAUCAAACAUCACACAGCUUCCUGUGAAACACAGAAGGAGACCAUAUCUACACACUAUCGAGUCAAGAGAUCUUACCGCACCAGGGGUUCCAGCCUCAUCCCUUACCCAGAUCUUGUAUCCUUCCUCACCCACCUGUGUUUCUCAGUCAGAGUACUGUCCCAAGGCUGCCGUGAUCCUGGAAAACUUGCAUCACCAAGAUCCAGGAGGAACAAGAGUACACACUUUAUCAACUUCCAAGCUGCAGACUCCUGUGUUUGCACACUCACCUUCAGAGGUUCAGGAGAUGCAAAGAGUCACUCCACCAGCUGCCAGCCAUGGGCCCUCCAAGGCCCAUCCAGAUGCAUGGCAGGGCUACCUGAACACUCGUGCCAAUGCUUAUUGCCUCCAGGCAAGAACCCAGCAUAACAAGACCAUCCGAGGGACUGGAAGAGGCAGCCUGCAACCAAGGACCAGCCCAAGAAUUAGCAGGUCUGAACCAGGGAAGAGGUUUGAGAAUGUGGCCUCAAGACAUCCCUGUUGGAGUGGGACAAUGGUUGACCCUGAAGUAAGGACUCCAUCUUCAGAACAGAGGAACAGAAUAGUGGCGGUUAAAAAAGAGACACCUUCUCCAUGGAAAGUGACCCCUGGGUACAGCAAGAUUCCCAAUGGCCAAAACAUCAAUAUCAAUCUCAGAGACAUAGAAUCUGUAAAGGCCAACAGAAAUCCAGGACAAUUCCAAGCAUAUCCACAGCACUCAAGAGGCCCAGCUCUAAAAUCACAGAUGCUUAGUGACGUUGACUUCAAAUCAAACAAACAGCAACAGUCAUGUCAUGCUGGGCUCCUUCCAGACCGUCAAAGUGCUGUGUGUCCCACCACAGACCGUCAAAGUGCUGUGUGUCCCACCACAGUCAGCCUGCCUUUACAGAACUCUCUGUCCCACUUCCAGGGUAGAUCCAAACAUCCCAGGACUUCCCAGGGCCUAGGUGAUGUGUACAUGAGGAGAGGUCAUAGCCAGGAGAGCCAGGAGCUCACGGUCCCCAAGGAUAAGAUUCCAGCAAUAUUUCCUCCUAGUGAAGAGAGGAAGGAUUUUAUGAGGUCCAGAACCAAAAGUCAGGGAGAAAAGCUUGGGAGAAUGGAGCUUUCCCAAGCCUGGGGUCUCAACAGCUCCACCCAACUCAAGGAUAUAGUCGUCACUGAGAGUCAGCCCUCCCUUGAUGUACCUGCAAAUGAACAGGCUUCUGUAGAAAUCUUUCUGAAUAAAAUAGUAAGGAAUAUCCUACAGUAUCUCAACUCCAGCACCAAAGACAAGGAGCAGGGGGAUUCUCUCAAGAAUGGAAGCCCCCCACCCUCUACUCUACAGACUCAGGAGGCAGUCACUAAAGAGAAGCUCAUCUACAACAUGGCGACCGAAGCACAAUCUCUCACGGAUGCUGUGGCACAGAUCCUGGCACACAGGCUGGGCCUGAAUGUAGAGGACCCACCAAAGGCCCACUGGUGCAAAGUGGAGCCACUGGCAUCCCAGAUAGGUGGCUCUCACCACUCUUCCGAGGGUCUCUACGACGCAAAGAAGAACCGACCAGAAAGGAGAAUAAGCUCUGAUCCCCACUACAGUCCCAAAGGGCACAACCACCCGUCCACAGGCAGGGGAAUUGGAGACGAACAGCAGUUGAGUGUCGAUGUCCAGACAGCCUGUGAUCAACAUCGGAACAGAGUGAAGAGAGGAAUGGGCUUCGACCAAGUCCCCACCCGCAAGCGGAGCAGCCACCCAUUCCUGUACAGGAGAACUGGAGACAAGCAGCAGUCGGGCUCAGCUACCAGAACAGCCUGUGACCCAGAUCAAAUUAAAGUGAAGAGUGGGAUGGGCUACUGUCCACACAGCAGCCCCAAGGAGCACAAGCACCCAUUCUUACACAGAGAAACAGGAAACAAACAACAGGCAGGCAUUGAACAGAAAGCCUGUGACCUGCAUCAAAGUACAAAGAAAGGAACGCACUACGGCCACCUCAACAGCCUCAAGGAGCACAAGCAUCCGGUCAGGUACAGGGUAACUGAUGACAAGCAGCAGUCGGGGAUUACUGCCCUGGGCGCCUGUGACUAAAGAUCGACCUUACCAGCACAAGCCAAGGAGCAGGUGCCUCGGGACACCUUUGCCUUUGCCCACUAGUAAAUCUUCCAAAAGCCAUCUCAUCACCCAGCCCUUGUUUGCCCGUGCCUUCACGGUAAUAAAGGUUGUUUUGUUUUCCUGCAAA